AACUAUAUAUAAUAUAUAAAAAAAAAUCAUCAACGCGUUUCAGUAUCUAAUAAUCAAUACACUGCCUCUCUUAUCUAAUGUAGAUUAGUAUAGUUAUCAAUCUCAAUAUCUCAAGAUAAUAAAUUAUUAAGUUUGUGGAGACAACGGUUGCACAAUCAUAUCUCGAGCUUCCACCAGACGGUUUCUUUUUUCUCACAUCUACAUUAUGCAUGUAUAAUGAUUCACAUUAGUACAAGGAAUCCUAAAUUAGUACAAACUAACUAAUUUGUAAUUUAAUUAGCCACAGUAUUAUUCCUAUUUUGAAGUGUACGAUUAUUUACAUUACGGCGAGAAGUAUAGUAGAAAUAAAUUAAAAUUUCUCUUUUAAAUCUCUAUAUGUGGAAAACUGUUUCUUUACUGUAUUUAUUUGAGAUAAAAAUUAGAUGUCUCAUAUAAAUUAAAUCUAUCAGAAUUCUCUAUAAUUUAUAAACAUGAGAAAAAUAAGAUUGAAAAUAGGAACAGAAUUUUGACUCGGAUGAUUUUUCUUGAAUCACGUCGAUUAAUAAUUGAAACGCCCCGAUGUUGCGCGGCGAGGGAUUAUCGAAGGGAUUGUCUGCUUGCGACAUUGAUGAUUUAACAUAAAAAAAUCUCGACGAUAUUAUUGAGAAAUAUAACAACUAGUACAGCGAUCAUGCUAUCUUCAGCAUCUGCUGCAGUGUCAGUAUCAAAAAUAAUGACUCGAUUAUCGACGAGAAGGCGGGACUCUCAGAUCUAGAGAACUGCAAGCAAAGCUUCUCCACUUCCUGCGGCUUAACCGAGACCGGCUGUACCGGUUUUAAACUUUUCUCAUUAAAGUAUACGUGAGAUAAAGAUCGGGAUCGAAUCCUCGAAACCUGCCGAUUAUCAAUCAGUAGCUUCCACACGUCAUCCCGAAAGACACCCUCUGCUAAUAUCUAGAGUAUAUAUUUUUCUUCAACGAAAAUAUCAAUAGAUGUCAUCAUAUUAUAUAUAUACAUCUUUAGAAUUAAAUUCUAAAUUCUAUUCAAGUAAGAUCUGUAGUCGCAAUUAAAAUUGAAAAAUAUAAUAUUUAUCAUCUAUCUUUUUUUUUUGCGGAAUUCUUUGACUUCCUAUUGCUAAGCUGAAUCGUAUAUUUUGGUUAAAGAAAAAUUGAUUUCAAAAAUUUGUCAGAAUAUAUAUCGCUCGAAAAUAUUAAAAUUAUAGUCGCAAAUUAUGAAAUGUUGAGGAUACGAAGAUCAUUGCAGUAACAUUGAUAUAAAAAUAAUAUUAUCAUCACACAGCAGUGAAUACAUCGCACAGCUUAUCAUACACGGAAUUCUCCGAUAGUCUUUGCCAGCUUGACCGCGUUUUUCCGGCGCGUUCCCAGCACAUUGUAAAUGCGCGCUGGUAUUGUCAAAGAGUAUAAUGUAGCGAACACAGGCACCGAAUCCACCAUAUAUGAUCUACCGGAAUAUAUUUACUACACAGCACGUUGCGCUACACGCAUGUCAGUCACCAUAAAAGAGCGGCGCGAAAGAGCUGUCCAUCUUAAUCACGCGCUCAACCGUGGAUCCAUCCGUCGAAUGGUCGAAUGGUGUGCGACCCUUCGAAAUAGAUAUUGCUCGCUUUCGUACUACCUCGUAUCUCGAUUUUCAGCAUCGACGAGAGCAUCGGGUGUUCGAGAGAUUCGCUAUAUUUUGUUCGCUUCCCGAAGCGCAAGAGAUCCGCCGACGAGAGCUGAUCCUAAAUUUGUCCGGAUAGUGCCGAGUUUCUACGAUAGGAAUUUAACGAAAAACAAGGUCUUUUUAACAAAAGUCUUAAGCGAAGAGAGAAGUCGACGAAAAGUUUACCUUCGCAUCGUGAGAAACCGCAAAAAAUUCUAAAGUAUGUGCAAACAUAGUCGGCGACGGUGAGAUCUUAUAUGUGCAAGUAAUAUACAGUGAAUAUGGAAGCGAUUCAGCUCACCGCAAUACUCAUCGCGGCGAUAUUGUCCGCUGCAGCUGCGAAUAAUAUCAGCAAACAAUGCCAGGUUCACAAUGAAAAGUGGAUUACGUGUAGCUGCAUCGGAAACGAGGAAUUUCUGCUACCAGAGGAAUAUAAUUACAGAAAUGUUACCAGCAUGUCUGUCACGGGUUGCGUUUCAGCGAAUCUUCAUUACUCGAGUCUACCGGAGGCGAGAGACCUCGAGGAGAUGAUAAUCCAGAAUAUCAGCGGACGUCUGGACUUCGAUGUCUUCAUCACAUCAAACCGGAUGAAACUGCUGAAACUAUCGAACAUUGGUCGGAUACCGAUGAUUGCGAGCCAUACGUUCGUAAAUCUCAUAGCGAUCGAAACGUUCGAGAUCACGGAUGCAAUCAUCGAGAACUUUGAGGAAGAUUUCAGCUUCAUCAAUGUAUCGCACUUCAUCGUGACGAACGUCACAAUCGAGCGCGUCGACAAGCUGAAUGUCUCCGAAAAGGGCACGACGUUGAGUAUUGUCAAUAGCGAGUUACGAAAUGUCGCGACAUCCUUAAACUUCGUCAGCUUCUUGUUCAUCGAGAUUAUCGGUUCCAAGUUCGAGCUGCAGAAACCGGGUCUGGUGUCCAUCCAGAGCGACAAUAUGGCGAUCGUGAAGAACAGCGUUUUCACAAACGUAAGCAUGAAUCUAGUAGCGAAAAAAGCUAUCACAAUAAACGGCAUUUGUGCGGUCGGCAAGAGUACCCUGAGACUCGCGUCCAAGUAUAUCAAUAGCACUGACAAUCGGCUGCCGAACGAGAUUGCCUAUCCAAGGGACAACAAUCAGAAACCGGAAUUCUUCACGAAUCGUAAUAACACGGUCUGCAAGGCGGGCAAUUGCAAAUGCCCGAAGAGCAACGGGCAAACUCCAUGUCAUCCGAUCGUUCCAACGUUCAUUCUCGGCUGCUCGUUAAUGUCGUUGCUAUCGAGAGGCUUCCAAUAAUUAUAUUUUAUAAUUUGCAAAAAGAAAAUCGGAUCGAUAUGUCUCGUACAAAAUGAUUCCGAAAGGAGUAUCUAAAUUCCUCUAGGUUUCGAAUUGUUUCGUAUGGAUUGCACUAUUGCAAUGUAAUUAUUCGACUUUCUAAUGAUUUACAGAAAAAAAUCCGUUUUACUCGAAUUCUCGAUCAAGUAGCCCUUCCUGCAUUAAAUACCAGUUUAUUUUAGUUUUUAAAUGGGAAAACUAGUAAUCAGGCAGAUCCCAGGAUCCAACUUAGAGACUCUCACCCCAUUGCUAUAUAUGCCUCUAAAGAGAUUGAUUGGACCUUUUCCCAUACAAAUAAAAACAAGUAAAUAAAAUGAGAAUAUU